AUUUGUGAAAUUCUAAUAAUUUAUUUUAACAAUUUUAAAUUCAAAUCUCAAUUUGGAUGCAUCCUUUUCAUUCCGUACAUUAAUUUUCAUAACUCAAACUACGAUGAUACGAAAUUCUCGAUGGUCGAGAUUCUUAUAAUUUCCAUUGAACAAGUUUGCAAAUCAACAGAGAAUCAAUCGAAAUUUCGAACUGUCUAAAAUGUAUAACACAACGUUUGCGGGGUUUUGAUCAUAAUAAUACGUCAUUGUGUUUCCCUUUCAUAUAAUAUAAAUAUUUAAUAAUAUCAUGUUCUUAAUAAUUUUAUAGAUAAAUUCCGCGUGGUCAGAGUACUUUGUCUUCCUAUCCGGAACCAGAACAAAAUAUUUGUUAAGGUAUUUAUUUUUUGUUUUGAAGUCUUAGCUUUUGACAAACCCUAGUGAUUACAAUAGUACAGUAGCUCCAGGCUCCUUCUGAUUCGCUUGUCUAAUUCAAUAUUUAAAAUUCUAUUAGACAAACUCGGAAACAUCGACUGACGAAGAUGAUACCGAAGAUCAAGCCACAGACAGUAGCAGCGACAGUAGUAGCGACAGUAACAGCGACAGUAACAGCGACAGUAACAGCGACAGUAACUGCGACAGUAACUGCGACAGUAACUGCGACAGUAACUGCGACAGUAACUGCGACAGUAACUGCGACAGUAACUGCGAUAGUAACAGCGACAGUAACAGCGACAGUAGCAGCGACAGUAGCAGCGACGGUUACAGCGACAGUAGCAGCGACGGUUACAGCGACAGUAGCAGCGACGGUUACAGCGACAGUAGCAGCGACGGUUACAGCGACAGUAGCAGCGACGGUUACAGCGACAGUAGCAGCGACGGUUACAGCGACAGUAGCAGCGACGGUUACAGCGACAGUAGCAGCGACGGUUACAGCGACAGUUGCAGCGACAGUAGCAGUAGCUGUAUUAGUAGCAGUACUAAUACUAGUAUCAGCGACGGUAGCAGUAGCUACGAGACCACCGGAAUCUACAGAGACGGCGAUUAAGUCAUCGAGAAUUCUUUGGUAACAUUUUUACCUACCUAAGAGAAAAUACGACAAUCGCGCUCAGACAGAAAUUUUUUGUUCAAAAAUAUUAUUCAUAAUUAUAACAUAAGUAUUACAAUAAAAUAUUAUAAUAUUAUCAUUACAAAAUGUAUACUGCUGUCUGAGUGCGGUUAGAGCUCAAUGGUGUGUAUUAUAUUUAACAACGAAUUAUACAAUAUAUUUAUCAUCGAUAAUAUUAUAAUACAUAUUUAGAUAUAUACCUAAUAAUUGUGUAUUUCACUUUUAUUUCUAUAUUUGAAAGUGUUCGAGUGUGCGCGGUAUGAAAGGCAAGAUAGGAUGGGUACCUAUUGGAUUGUUAUAAGCUAUAACCGACUUGAAAAAAAUACUUAGGUGGAAAUGUGAAAUUCAACAGAGCAAUGACGUAAAAACAUUGAUCUUAAAUUCUUAAUCUGACGAUAAAAUGUCCUCGUUUAUUGCUGCAAUACCUUUAUUAUAUCUGUGACAGUUUAGAAAGGCUCAAGAUUCGGGAUAAUGUAAAUAAUAUUGUAAUAAUUCAUUUAAUAAUUACACACAAGUCAAUAAGAAGUGUCAUUACUGGGUGGCUUCUUCCAACAGCGUAUUUUUUUUCCAAUGUGGCAAUGUCACUGUAAUUUAGCCCAUAUUCUUAUUGUGCCUCAGGGUACAGAUUGUAUAUUCCUUAUAAAAAAAAAAAAUUACACAGACACAGACCACACUUUUCACAUAUAUAUUAUAUAUAAUAUAUAUAUAUACAUACAAUAUACAUACAAUAUACAUACAUAUAAAUAUAGAGAUGCAGACACAUUGGUGGGAGGUGGGAGCUUAACCAUCAAACAUAUAAAUAUUUACUAUAAUAUUGACUAUAGAUUUUUUAGUUAUAAUAAUAAUUAAUAACUAUUAACUGUGCGCAAAAUAUAAAUUCAUAUCAAACCUAUUAGGUACCUCUAAUAUAUUUAUAUUAUACUACUAUGACGUGUUCAUAUCGAUUGAUUGUAUUUGUAUGUAUUGUAAUUCAUUUUUAGACGGCUGCGAGGAGGAUUCAUUGCCCGAAUUUCUCAGCAGAGAUGAUGCAUAUGAUACAUGUGUCAUGUGCCAACAUCGUUUGGAGUAAUUUAAGUGGACUGUCCCCAUAAUGUCCGCACUUACCAAGCAUUAGUUUAAAAAAAAAAUAAAUAUUAUGUUAUCAUCUUUAUUAUUCUAUCAUAAGUACCAUUUUAUAUGUCAAUGUAAAUUUUUGUAAAUAAUGUUAUGUAUUAUAAAAUGUAAGGCCGCAAAAAACAACCAAUCAAAAGGUUACCUGACUGUCAGGAAUACUUUAUAAAAAAAAAAAAAAGAUUAAGUAAUUGACUCCAUUAUUAUUAUAUUAUUACCUAUGACAUAUAAUAUUAAUUAUGUAUUAUAAAUAAAAUUAAUGUAUUAUAAUCCUAUUAUUGGUAGGUACCUGUCAUAAACGAUUAUAAAUGUGAGUAGACAGUGUGAUUGAAUAUAUUAUACAUUGGAAUUAAUUUUCUCCAAUAAAGAUUAUCGUUGUAAAUCGGUGUACCUCAACGUACUUCAAUGUACUUGAACCAAACUAUAAUAUUAUAACUAAUAAAUGGAUAUAAUAAAAUGUUUUUUGAUAAAAUAAAAUUUCCUUAGAUAAUUAUUAUUGAAUUGAUUUUUAUAUCACAUUACAUUUUUGGCAAAAACCGUGGUUUACUAGUUUGUCACUCAUCUGUAUCAACAUAUACAUACACAUUGGCUUCCCAUUUUAUAGUGUAUGCUAUGUUUUUAAAAGAACGUAACAGAAUAUACAUGUUUCCAAUUAAUCUAUUGGCACGAGUUUUUAAGAAAUUAAGUACCUAAUUAUUUAUUUUUAAGUAAACCAUAAUUCUUACGAAACAAUUAACGAUUUUGUAUAUAUGAUUUAACAAAAUGUAAGGUAAUGUAACAUAUUAUCUGAGUUUCUUCUAAGUUAAAUUGAUAUAAUUUGGUGCACUUUUUUAUAUUAUUUAUUUGAUCACACAAAUAUGGAAUAGUAUAAUAUUUUAAUCAAUAUAAUUUCUUGCAUUUGCUCCAGUUGGUAGCUUAGUGUAUUAUCAACCAACAAGUCAAAAUUGUGUUUUUAUGUUGGUUUUUUUUCAAUUUACUUACUUUGUUAUUAAAGCUUUUUUUCAUAACGCCAAAUUUUUGGGAAAAUCAGUGACUCACUGAGUAUUCGUUUAUGCUGUACAUAAAAAAUCAACUAGGAGAAUUAGUAGAACUUACCAUCCUGUAAUUUUGUACAAUGCAAUUAAUAAUUAUUAAAUGUUUUUAAAUUAACGUAACAUACACAUGGUACUCAUUAAUAUGUUUAGGAAUACAAACU